AUGUCUACGGAACGUACCUACGAAGUCUAUGUCCGCAAUGACACCCCAGAUAGCAACUUUCAACGGACGUACUUUGUGCACUCCAAGAUGCCCGAUGUCGAGGGUGGAGGAGUGAGCCAGGCGGUUCCCGUCGUCAGCCAGCUGUCAAAGCCACUCUCUCGCAAUGCCCAGUAUCUUUUCGACAUCUCCUCUAGAUUUUUGGGGUUCGUUGGCCUAUUCAAGGGCGACAAGGGCUUGAAGGCUGGUAACCGGCUCUACAUCCACAAUUCUCACCCUGUCGUCCUUGGAACCAAAGGCAACGGUACCGAGUUGCUCGUUAAACAGGAUGGAGAUGACGGUGUUUCUAUUGAGGAGUAUCGCAGCAUGUCAGCUACAGGGACCUUCACCAUCCAUUGUGCGUCCGACAUAAAAAACCCGGACGCCUACAUUAUUGGCCUCGCCAGACGAAUUAACCAGCGCGUGGUGCCGGUCGCUGCUGUUCCAUACUCGCCCGGGCAGAUGGUCAUAUUUACUCCCAAGGCCCAAUUGUGUAUAUCUCGCCUUACCGCGAACGAACAGGUCACGGUCGGCACAGUCAUCAAACAAGACAAGCCAGUGGGACAGUUUGAGCUUGGACACGACGACCAAGUUUACAUCGCCGAAGUGAACAAUGGGGAAUUCAAGGGUGGUGAUGUCCAAUAUUACGAAAACCCUAGAAUGGCACCUACUACCGAUUGCGUUCGACAGAGAUCAUCUCCCUCGCCGUCCCCGGGCUACCGUGAGAGAGGGAGAAACAGAUACAAAGAGGAUGUCGGACGUCAACGCCCUUCGCACCGCGUCGAUGAGUACUCCGAGUCUUCUGAGAGUAGUAGCCCAUCCCGCAGUCCUCCUCGACGCGUGUUUGUUCCUUUUGGAUUCCCGACUAGGCGGCACACGUACGAUAGCUCGGUAUUCGGUUACCAAUUUAUGCCAGUGUAUCAGUUUGGUUCACAGCAGGCUUUUGGGACGUCUUAUUUACAUCCAUAUUGGAGGUAGAAGAGUAGUAUAGGAACGUUCGCUUCUG